CCAUUUACUCCACUCCAUCUGCGCACUACGCACAGGUAUUCUACUUGCUGAAGAAGGUAUAGAGAGGGUCCGACCGAUCCUGGUCGAGGACGGAUUCCCAAACCUGAGAGGAUUACUCCAUAGUAUCCGUACCUUCUACCCAGACCGAAGGAGGGGGGAUAUUGAGUUGGGUCGCCCAAGAGUUCACUCCAGGGUGUCGAGUUAUCCCAGAGGUGGUGUCCGCGGUCCCGACCAUCGCAACCAUUUCAAGCUCCAUCAUUUGCAUGGCAUCAGUGGUGCAUUCGUCUUGCUAGGAAUAGUGUGUCAUUUUAUCCUAGAUGGUGGAAUCGAUGUGCAGUAAAUAAACAGUGAUUAUGUCAGGUACUCCAAAUAGGAGUACUACUACUCAUGGUGGGUUUCAAAGUGACACCAACCCCGAUGAGCAGAACUUCGAUAUGAGGAAAGAGCAAAAGGAAAUGGAGGCUGCAGAGCCCAAGAGACUGCCUUACCCCAAAUCGGUAUUUUUCAUCGUUGGAAAUGAAUUCUGCGAGAGGUUUUCAUAUUAUGGCAUGAAAGCCAUCUUAUCGAUCUACUUCAAGAGCAAACUUCAUUUCUCCGAGGAUUCAGCCACCGUCAUCUACCACACCUUCUCACUCUUCUGCUACUUCACCCCAAUAUUCGGGGCCAUGAUUGCCGACCAACUACUAGGGAAAUUCAAAACCAUCGUCUACAUCUCGGUCAUCUAUGUGCUUGGACACGCUCUCAAGACCAUGGCCGCUGUGCCCACCUUGGGGGUGCCUCCGGUGGAGUUUUCGCUCAUCGGAUUGGCGUUGAUAGCAAUUGGAACGGGUGGCAUCAAGCCUUGUGUCUCGGCCUUUGGCGGCGAUCAAUUCAAACUCCCGGAGCAAGAGCGCCAACUGCAAACGUUCUUCUCCGUGUUCUACUUUGCGAUCAACUCUGGAUCCCUCCUGUCAACCUUCAUGACUCCCAUUCUCAGAGAGGAUGUGGGCUGUUUUGGCGACGAUACCUGUUAUUCGUUGGCGUUUGGCAUUCCGGCCUUGUUGAUGUUGGUGGCCACGGUGAUUCUGAUCAUUGGUCGACCCAUGUAUGUGAUGAAGCCGCCUCAAGGGAACAUUGUUACCAAAGUGGUGGGAAGCAUUGUGUGUGCGAUGAAGAACAAGAUGCGAUCCAAUGAGAACAGAGAACACUGGAUGGAUCAUGCACGUGAAAAGUAUGGGCGUGACUUUGUGGAAGACGUUAAAGAUUUUCUGAAGGUCAUUUUCAUGUACCUGCCUUUGCCCGUGUUCUGGGCCCUCUUCGAUCAGCAAGGAUCGCGAUGGACUUUUCAAGCAACUCGAAUGAAUGGUGACCUCGGGUUCUUUAUCAUCAAGCCCGACCAGAUGCAACUGAUCAAUCCGGCUUUGAUUCUAAUCCUAAUCCCCACUUUUGAAUCCAUCAUCUAUCCAUUCUUUGCCAAAUUCAAUUUCUUGGUGAAACCCUUACAACGAAUCGCAGUGGGAGGUCUUCUAACCGCUUUGGCUUUUGUCAUCUCAGGUCUCCUGGAACUCAGUCUUAUGCAAACGUAUGAUCGCAUUCCAAUCGCCGGCGAGUCUCACGUUCACCUAAUGAACAGUCUAGCCUGUCCUUUGGAGGUUCGAUUGAGCAAGCCCGACUUGACUACUUUCAACAUGAACGCCGAGGUCGGUCUCCGAGAAAAUCACAUCUUCUAUGACGUCCCACCCGGCGUUUACGAGAUGUUGGUGCGUGUUGAAUCGGAUUGUGCGGAUGUGACCACUUACGAAUCCAAAUUUGAAGUCUCCACUGAGGACGAAAAAGUGUCAGGAGUAAUCAUUCGGGCCAACGAGAGCAAAAAUAUGGAAUUGAUCGACCUGGUUGGCGAGGAGAGCCCCAAAAAGGCAGAUGGAGGCGCCACCAAGAUACGGGCCGUUUUCGAUACCGGCAGCAAUGGGGGCAAUCACAGUCUAAUCCUAAAAUACGGACCUGAUGUUGAAGAUGUCAAAGUGAUCUCAUCUAACCAAGUGUCCACUGAAGGACAAAUUGUGGAGAGUGAUUAUAUCCGUACCAAGCCUGGUAUUUACAGAGUAUUCCAUGGCCUUCAAGAGAUCGGUGAGAUGGAGAUUCGCCAAGGCGGCGUUCACACCGUUUUGGUAUCGGGUAACACCAACCUGGGUUUUGAGACCACGUUUUCCGACUUUCUCCUGACCCCCGAGAAUUCGGUUCAUAUGCUCUGGUUGAUUCCACAGUACUUCGUGAUUACCACGGGCGAAAUCAUGUUCUCCGUCACUGGCCUUGAAUUCUCGUACUCACAGGCUCCUGAGUCCAUGAAAUCUGUUUUACAAGCAGCUUGGUUGCUCACUGUUGCAUUUGGAAAUCUCAUCGUGAUUGGCGUGGCCGAAUCGCGGAUCUUCAGCAAUCAGGCCAGCGAGUUCUUCAUGUUUGCCGGAUUGAUGUUCAUUGACAUGAUCAUCUUCUCCGUAAUGGCUUACUUCUACAAGUAUGUGGAUUGGCAGGAGCGUGAAAACGACCGAAAACGUGACGAGCUACAUCUGUCCGAAGCUCGUGGUAUCCCCAAUGACGGUUUUGGUGCCACUGGACAUGACCAUCAGUCCUAGAAGUCUUGUUACAAAACACAAAAGAAAAUCUCACGUGCUCCACAAACAACCUAGCCCAGAGCAGAGCUGUGAGUUGAAGCAAAACAUUGGACCUCCACCAGGAACAAUCUGGAUCAAAAUUCAUGCAGAAUUUGAAGAUGACACAAAAUAAAAACAACUGUCUUCCA